CAUCUCUAAAAAAAAGUGGCAAAUUGUCACCACGCAUUCAAAUGAAUACUCGUAAUGUGUUCAAAAAUUAAAGAAAUUCACUUUAAAUAGCUGAUAAUUGCUAGUGUUCUUAUAGACUUUGAGUGCCAUCCACUAUUUAAAAGCUUUUAGUUUUUUUCAUCAAAACGCCUCGGAGAACACUUUUUGAAAAACUUUUCUAAACUGCGUUUGAAAGCCAUAUGCUUACGUUUUAGUGACGUCUUGGGCAAAUAUGUCUAACAAACAUUUGCCACGACCUGACGUAAUAAAACGUAAUUAUGAAUAUUUUCAAGCUUUGGCCUAAACGAUGCCAGGAAUACAGCGAUAAAUGAUUUAGAGGGACGUUAUUCAUUUGAGCACGACUGCUGUUUUUUUUUUUUCAGACAAGAGUUGGCGACGUUUAAAUUUAAUUAUUUUCAGUCAUACGUAAAGUAAACAAUUUCAACUAAUAUCCUUUUCUAUUGCUGUUUUCGAUUAAAAGGUUCAGUUUGAAGCUCGAUUCGGUAAAAUGAACAACACCUCUUUUGACAACACGUCUUUGGGUCAAGUAAUCAUCCCUGAAUGGCACCCGGUGUUUGUAACGAUUUCUGUGGCUUGCUACUCGUUGAUAAUCUUCAUUUCCCUCCUUGGAAACGGUUUGGUUUGCUUGGCAAUCUGCCUCAAUAAAAGUCUCCGCUCGUCGCCAACAAUGUCCUUCAUCUUUUCACUGGCGUGCUGCGAUCUGUUCACUACGAGUUUUGCUAUGCCAUUCGACGCGGAAAACCUACUGCUUGACGGAGCGUGGAGACACGGUGAAAUCCUUUGCAUUGUAUGGACGACUGCGUACCUGUUUAGUGUGCCUACAUCGAUAUUAACCCUCUUGAUCCUCACAAUUGACCGCUACAAGACCCUGAGUGAUCCACUGAGACGGUUUCGAAAGUCGAAGUUCUUGUCUGUGAAGAGUUCUCGCGUUGCAGUGGUUGCCCUGUGGUGCUACUCUCUGGUGUUCUCCUUGUCACCUGUGUUGGGGUGGAGAUCAUACCCCUCUUACGUCAUUGGAGGUUAUUGCUACUUUAAUAUCACACCCGUGUAUUCCGCUCUCAGCAGCCUUCUGCACUUUAUUUUACCGCUACUAAUCAUCGGCGGGAUUUAUUUCAAGAUUAAUCGUAUUGCUCAGAACGUGAAAAACUGCCAGGAGUUGUGUGACGCGGCAAACUCCCCAGGCCAGAUAGUCCGACACCCGACUCCGCGCGAUCAAGGCAACUUCAAGAGAAAUCUCAAAGCCACAAAGACAAUUGCCUUCAUAAUUUGCGUCUUGUUCAUCUGCUGGUUUCCUUACAGCGUAACUAGUAUGGUGUUAAGCCUUUGUAAACCGUGCUUUUUUAGCGUUCCACAAGAACUGCUCGCGUCUCUUUUGAUGCUGGGAUACCUUAACUCGGCCCUAAACCCCUUCAUCUAUUCUCUCAGCAACCGGAAGUUCAAGGAGACGUACUGCACUCUCUUUCUGUCAAUCAGAAAAAUCGGCAGAAAUGUACUGCGCAGGUCAAAGUUGUGGUCCCAAACAAGUGAUUCAUCGCUGUCUAGCAGACGUCAUGUAAGCGUCAUGGGACAGACCGCAGGAAGCGUUCAAUUGACUGCUUUUAACGUUUCGCUAAAUUUGCGUUGAAAUGAAGUGUUUUCUUUUCGUUUUUGGAAGUUAAUCAAGUUAAAUUUUUCUUCAUUGAGAUCAACGAUAUAGUUAAUUAAUUGAUUUUGCAAUCUUGGGUGUAUGUAAGCUGGAAAGACAAAUUAACCAGGUGGUUUUGGAAAUGUCACUUUUCAAUGGUUUCUCAGUUGGCUGCAAGUCCCAAGCUCAGAAUAUGCAUUCUAACUGAUUGCCAAAAUGUAUUGUUAUGUGAUUUAUUGCAUCAAGACAAUACCCACCUGUUAAUCGAUUGUUUUCUUUAUCCCCAUCACUUAGGAGAAAUAAGAUACUGAUGUAAAAGGUUAACUGACAAAGUGCAAUAAAGCAAUGUCUUACCCUCCACUCUCUUGUUUAAGGCACUAAACUACCAGGUAUUGCUUGUUGAAACUAAAACUGGCCAGCAGAAAAUUAAACCGGAUUUGACGUGUUGCAAAAUAGUCUGAAGAUUUGUGGUUGUUCCCCGGCCACGUAGUUCUGCAAAUAUAUUACAACCAAACUUGCUUUAUUUAUUUAUAUAUAUAU